AUGGAUCUGUUUGCUGCACUAUUGACCUGCCUCUGUUUGCUGAUACUAUCCUCAGCUAGCGCUUAUGGAAGCAUACCUCUGGGUUCAUCACUCUCAUCCAAAAAUACUGGAGUCGCCUGGACUUCGCCGUCCGGCGACUUUGCAUUCGGUUUCUACCCUGUCCCCGGCAAUCUCUUCGUGGUCGGCAUCUGGUUCGACAGGAUCCCAGGGAAGACUCUGGUUUGGACGGCCAACCGGGACAAGCCGGCGGCUAGAGGAUCCACGGUGCAGCUCACGGCCGAUGGCACACUGGUAUUGAAAGAUGGCCGUGGUGCCAUUGUCAUGACAAUUGCGUCCAGUCCCAGCGGCGGCGUUGCCUCCGCUGCGAUGCUAGACUCCGGCAACUUUGUGCUCCAAGGCUCAGCCGGAUCUGCUGAUCUCAAAUGGCAGAGCUUCGACCACCCCACGGAUACCAUCCUGCCCGGGCAGGUCCUCAACCCCGAGUCCGAGCUCCGUGCUGCUUCAUCAGACAGCGAUCUCUCCACCGGAAAGUUCUUCCUCAAGAUGCAGAGCGACGGCAAUCUCGUGCUCAAUCGAGACGGCAACCCGAUCGACCAAUACAACAUUGCUUACGCGUCCAACACAGCCGGUACUCCGGGAAAAUUGGUCUUUGAUGGAACAGGCAGCAUCUACAUCUUGCGCUCGGACAACACCAAAUACGUGCUGACGCCCUCCGGAAGCGUUCCCAUUCCGGCGAGCAGCUCCUACCAAAGAGCAACCCUCGGCUACGAUGGCGUUUUCCGGCAAUACACCUUCCCAAAGACGAGCAGCAGCAGCUCUAGCUCGCAGACUUGGACCAGAAUAUGGGCUACCACAGAAGACCCGUGCACCGUCCCCGGCAUCUGCGGGGUGAACGGGUACUGCGUCCUCGGAGCCGAUCAGAAACCCCGCUGCCUGUGCCCCAACAAGUACAGCUACCUAGACCCGAGCAACAUGUUCAUGGGGUGCAAGAAUGAUUUCCCGGUGCAGGACUGCAGGGGAGGUCAGCAGUACGUGCUCGAGUCGAUCGCGAACGUGGACUGGCCGUUCGGAGACUAUGAGAUGAUCAACAACAUGGACGAGGAGAGAUGCAGGGCGGCGUGCAUGUCCGAUUGCCUCUGCACGGUGGCCAUUUACAGGGUGCAGACGUGCUGGAAGAAGAAGGUCCCUCUGUUCAGGGGCCGAAUGAAUGUGGAUAUACAGUCUGUUGCUCUUAUCAAGGUGCCAAAAUAA